UUCGAAGUUUUCUCCACAAAUAAAUUUAUAUUUAUUCGUUGUUGGUACAUUAAAAAACAAAAAUAAAAGCGAAUCCUUUUCUUUUUCCUCCAGGUAUGGCCUAAAAGUGGACGUCUGGGCUGCAGGGGUCAUAACAUAUAUUUUACUUUGCGGAUUCCCUCCAUUUGUCAGUCCAAGCAACAACCAAGAAGAAUUAUUUGACAAGAUCCUAAGUGGACAUUUUGAAUUCAUUUCACCAUUCUGGGACGAGGUUUCGAGUUCCGCGAAGGACUUGAUUGAACACAUGCUUCAGGUAGAUCCAGAAAUGAGGUUCUCCGCUGCCGAGGUUUUGGACCAUCCUUGGGUUGCUAAUGACACUGCGAAAGAUAACAAAUUACAUGUGGCCAAGGAAUUGAACCAAUAUUUCACACGUAACAAAAAACCAAAAGAUGGUUUGGCAGUCAUAGCA